AUGUCAUCAUGCUACAGGGCUUCGGAAAACAGGUCCAGUCAGAGUAAGUUGAAGCCAAAGGCACCAGUUGUUUAUCGCCCAAGAUUUUUUCUCUAUUUUUUGGGAGUUCGCCGGUGGGUGGGCAAUUUUUAUAUUACACUAGGUAUCAAGUGUGGAAAAAAAUGUUUCUGAACUUAAAAAAUUUUCAAAAAACGCGUGGGGUUUGUAAAGCGUGAGCUAAAAAUUUAAAAUACGUCUUAAAAAAUUAUUUCCAUAGUAAUUCGCGACAAGUUUUGUAUAAAAUUGGAGGGUCAUAGCCAAGUGUUUUUGCCUAUUGCUUCUUGUUUUUUCACAAAAAUCAUUUUUAUUUUAAACUAAUUUUUUGGCUCCGCCCAAAUCCAGAAAAAUCUAGUUCUUGUCCACUUCGCCUCUAUAUCAUCCAUUUUUAGCCCAAUUCCGAACGAUUGCAUGUCAAAAUUUGAUUUCUUGUAAAAUUAGGUUUCUAUCUACGCACAUGUCGCAUGUUAAUUUUAUCGCGUUUGUUUUAUAACUCGUCAUUAUUUUAAUUCAAUUUUCAGUUUUCCCUUGGCCUUUCCGCAAUUCAUAUCCUCAAGAUUUUGGGUGUUACGCGAUGCAAAAUUACUCCGAGAAAGAGGAGCUACAGCUGGAACUGCACGCACCUACCUCCAUUUCACCGUUGAGAAUCUUUUUGUCGGCCACAUGCGUCUUUGGGAUCGCGUUCAAUGUGCUGGUGUUUUGCAAAGGGAAUCGAACAAAGUAAGGGUUGAAACUUUUUUAUUUUUUUGUUGUUAUUAGAGUCAUUAGAGCACCAAAAUUAUUAUACCUCUUCUGAUGAGCAGCUCUAAUGCUCUUAGCUUGCUGUUUUCGAAUAUCCAAAGUUCUUGUUCUUAAGAGAGCACGCUAAUUGAGGAGAGUUGGCCAGGCGAGAAAUGGUUUUUACCUAUAACUUCUUUGUUUCCGCUGAAAAAAAUCUGAUUUUUUGUGCAAAGUUUUUACACUAUAAUAGUAAAUGAGCUUGAGAUUUUCAAUCCAGUAGUCGGAAAGAAAUUUUUUGCAGCUUUGGACGCGACAAAUCCGCAUUAUUUUCCCGACAGACGGAAAGAACGAUGAAAUUAUUUCUGAAAGUCACCGAAUUGGGUAAUUUUCGAUGUGAAAAAAACUACGCCAAACAUACACAAGCAAGAAUACAUUCUUUUAUUUGCAGCAAACGACAAGCUUCGACCACUCGGAUUUCCCUCCGAUUAUUGGCGUUGAUGGCAAUGGCAGACACCAUCUCUCUGGGGGCAUUGUUGUUGAUGCUCUCCAUUCAGUACCUCGGUCUGCGAAAUCCGCAGACAAUGACGGUCGUCUGCAAAGUAGGCACCAUCAAUAAUAAUUUUUUGUUUGAUUUAGCAUAGUAAUUUUUACAGUAUCUAUAAUAUUUCAUUUAUUUUUCGGAUGUUUUUGUUUUGAUAUUUAUGGAUAAUUUGCUUGCAGAUAGACCUGUUUCUAAUCCAUGCAGCGUCCGCAUUCUCAAUAUGGUGCUGGCUGGUGAUGUCAGCCAUACGCUACAUUGCCAUUUAUCGGCCAUACGCUCAUCUUCGGCUGAAUAAAGAGCCAAUGUUCGCUGUGGUAAGUGGGACUAUUGCGUUUUACGGAGCAGGUCAAAAAGGAAUUUUAUAAGAGCCCAAAUUUGGUAUCAAAAUGUAUCAAAAGUAUCACAAAAAAACUAAAAAAAAAGUUUUGAAUAGAAGCGUUUUUCUGAUACCCUAUUUGACUUUAUUAUGUAUAAUUUCUUUUGACACGUUAGACAACUAUAAAAUUUUUUGCAUUGCUACCGACUAACUAUACAAUUCCCUUUCUUCCAGGCCACAGUCGUCCUUAUGUGCGGAUUAUUUGAGGCCUGGAUCCUCUUCGACGUCAAAUUCGAUGUUCGUGCCAGAGGCUGCGUCGAAACUCUGCCCGAAGAAUGGGGCUUCCGGAUACAGUUGGCCGAGAUCACAUGGAGCUACUUUCUGCCGCUCGUGCUGAUCACAGUGCUCGACUUUCGAGUACUCUGCUGUCACUCGGUUUGGAAAAGCAGAGGCCCGUCCAGCAUCAGCGACUUUGAUCCCGCUUUUACCGACGCGCAAUGCCAUAGGCCGUCGAAACCAGCGACGGUAUGUAAACUUUUGGAUGGGCGAUAUCAUAGAGUGUGAGGUGGAAAUGAGCUCAAAUUUGAGGUCAAAAAGAACCGUUAAUAGACAGAGAUCACAUCGAAAAUCGAAAUACGAAAUUUUUCUAAAUUUUCUAGUUGAAUUUUUCAAAAAUUACUCCUUCAAAACUUAAGUUUUCUUGGUCAUCUGCGAUUUGCUUUACAGAGUUUAUUUAUUGCCUAUUUUUAUAAUAAAUAUCAUUGUUUCCAGUCCGACGAAACCCAAGCUCUGUACAUCAAGACCGUUCAUUCCACCGAUUCCAUCCCGAAGCCGGCCUAUUCCCCUUCCAACAACUCACUCGACAAAUGCGACUCCCCACAGAACCCUCUGGCCAUGCCGCUUUGCAAUCCCUGCACGCCCUCUCUCUCCGUCAAAUCCAAGACUUCGCUGUCAGCGAGGAACGCCAAGCCUCGAUCGCACCGGAGAGCUCAACAAAUCCGCAUCCUGAAGAGGUGCUUGUGCAUUUCGGUUCUCGAUUUGGGCAUGAACCUGCCCAAUUAUUUGCUGAGGCUCUACUUUACAAUGGCGGACAUUUCGACGGUGGAGAAAAUCGCAAAUGAAGCGUGGUUUGCCUUCUUCCAAGAUCUCAGUCAAAUGCUGUAUUUUGCACAGGUAUGUAGGAAAUUUUUGUACUUUUUGAGGAAAUUGGGAAGUUGAAAAAUAUUAUUACAUAGUUUCGCACGUACUUUGCAGGUACACAGGAGAUUACAAAAGACCAGGAAGUAUGAAAAGUGCAGAGAGAAAUCCGAGAUCUCCUAUUUUUUUUUGAAAACAAAUUUCACUUUUUUUGGAAACCUCUCAGACUAUCCUCCGAUUGUAAAGCCGCUAGAGUACAUAAUUUCUGGCGUAUGCACCGACAGAAAAAAAUUAUGAGCCAGCCCGAAAGCCAAAGAGUCCUUUGUCGCUGGAGCGAUUUUUGCGAUAUGCACUGUGCGAAAAGAAAAAUUCACGUUGCACUGUGCAAUUGGUUGCUUUUUGCACCGUGCAAUAGGAUUUUUUUGGCUGUCGCUCGCACCCUGACGUUUUCUGCACAGUGCAAAAAAUAAUUUCAGUUCCGCGACAUGCACUGUGCGAAAAGAGAAGUUCACGUUGCACUGUGCAAUUUGUUGCCUUUGCACCGUACAAUAAGCUUGUUUUGGCUGUCGCUCGCACCCUGACUUUUUUCGCACAGUGCAAACGCCAAAAAGCACUCCAGCAACUUUGUGAACGGAUUAAAAAAUAGUGCUGCACAGUGCGAAUGUGAACUUUGGUCUUCGCACAGUGCAUGUCGCGAAAAUCACUUUGCGAACGGCCUAGUAGCAGAAAAAAAACUAAAGAUUUUUAUGCCAAAACUUGUGCAAAACGAUGAUUUUAGGUACAAAAAAUUCAUUGCUUUCUGCAAAAUGCUUACUAUAAUAGAAACCAGUUCAACCAUUUUUGAAAAAAAAAUUUUAAUUUUGAAUUUAACAAAUUAUUGAAAUUUUUUCAAAAAAAUUUACUGCAUCCUCACAAAAAAGGUCUACUAUCUAAUGCUAAUAAAUACUUUUUUCAGUUCGCUCUCAACGCCCUCUACUUGAUGGGCAUUAUUUAUCAGGCGCCCAGGAAGAAGAACAUGAACAAUGGGAAUGCGACCAGUGGAGUCUCCAAAUCAGGUGUAUGGCAAUGA